GAUCUUGUGCGUCAACACCGGAAACUUUCUCCCCCAAUCGUUCAUCCGUUUACUCUUCUUUCCCCCUUUUUUUGCUAAAUUGCGCAGGGGGUGAACAGCGCACGCUUAAAAAUACAAAAGAAAAGGGGGAAGUGGCGCAUCUUAGCCAACCGUCAUUGUAGGGUGGAACCUUUUUUUGUUUCUAAAAUUUUGAAGAUAUAUUUGUGUGUAUAUCUAUAUACGUACGCGGUUUAUAAGGCUCUGUUUGUUGAAAACUCUUUCGAUCCUUCAAUGGCCGCUCCACCGGCAAGGGCACGAGCAGAUUAUGAUUACCUCAUUAAGCUUCUUUUAAUUGGCGAUAGUGGCGUGGGGAAGAGUUGUCUUCUUUUGCGUUUUUCUGAUGGUUCUUUCACUACUAGUUUUAUCACUACCAUCGGUAUUGAUUUCAAGAUAAGAACCAUUGAGCUUGAUGGCAAACGGAUCAAACUCCAAAUCUGGGACACAGCUGGUCAGGAGCGAUUUCGGACAAUCACAACUGCUUACUAUAGGGGAGCUAUGGGUAUUCUGUUGGUGUACGAUGUUACAGAUGAAUCAUCUUUCAACAACAUAAGAAACUGGAUACGCAACAUCGAACAACAUGCCUCUGACAAUGUCAACAAGAUCCUUGUAGGGAAUAAGGCCGAUAUGGAUGAAAGCAAGAGGGCUGUUCCUACCUCAAAGGGCCAAGCACUAGCUGAUGAGUACGGCAUUAAAUUCUUCGAAACUAGUGCAAAAACAAAUCUAAAUGUGGAGCAAGUUUUCUUUUCAAUAGCAACGGAUAUCAAGCAAAGGCUUGCAGACACUGAUUCAAAGGCUGAGCCUUCAACAAUUAAGAUUAAUCAAGCAGACAGCAGUGGUGCAAACGGUCAAGCUGCACAGAAAUCAGCUUGCUGCGGUUAAUAGAAAGCCACGGAAUGGGUGCAUGCGAUACUCAGCCGGGGCGUAGAAAACCAAUUGCAACAACCGAUGUGAUGAUGACGACGACGACGAUGAUGAUGAUGGGGUUGGUUGUCCAUUCUUUUCAAACUUUGUUUGUGUUAUGUGAAACAUAGGUUUUCAUUCUUCUGUUUUUCUAUCUUUUGUUUCACAUGUUGUUGGGAUAAGGAAAAAAAAAAGAGGACAAUACUUUUGAUUUGGCAGUUUGUAUUUCUUUUGAUUUUGAUUCUAUAUCUAUACUUGUUAGAAGUAAGUAGUAAAGAUGUAAGAAAUUUUUAAGAUGGUAACUUGUUCAAUAAUCAAAUCAUGGACUAAUGUUGUUAAA